AUAGACAGACAGAUAGAUAGAAAUAUAGCCAAACUAUUGUGAAGAGCUGUACGACGCCUUUGAUAGGGAAACAGCCAGUAGUGGUGAGCCGACUAGCAGGCCAUAGCGAACAGCAGCAGCAGCAGCAGCAGCAGGAACUAGACGAGGUGGCGCUAGGCGGCGCUACAGUCGUUGGCGGAAGCAGAUUGGCAUUAGCGACGGCAGCAAUAGCACAUGCUUUCUUUCGCCAAUCCUGCCGACUGGCUGACGCUGGUAUUGGUGAACAGAGGCAGAAAUAUUCGCGAGGUGAUAUUCACGGGGGUUGUUGUUGUUUUGUUGCACAAUGGGGGCUGCUGAAGCGGCAGUAGCCUGCGGUUUGUGUAGUUGCCUGUACCCACUGGCACCAUCAAUUCGAUCGUAAUCAAAGUAGAACCCCUGUUCCCGGUGGAAACGAAACAAAAAUAGAAAGUAAAAGCGCCCGGGAAAAGUGUAUUACUAUUGAAUCUCGCUAGUAAAGAUCGUCGUUCGUCUAUUAUCCGUCAUUGUGUUUCCGCUUCAUGUGAAAUAUCACUCGCAUGGUGUUAUUUCAGCCAGACUGUGACGGUUGUGCAGUUGCGUGGAGUGGAAGCUAUCUGUACUCGAAAGGACCGAAAUGGUCCAUUAAAACGUAAAGGGUUUAUAUGCGAGUAACAAUAAGUGUUGACCUCCGAAUUGUGCACGCAGCGGAGUUGAGAGGAAAGAAUCGUCAUGAUUAUGUGUUUUCCGUUGGUGCUAGUGAUUGCUUUUUAAAGAACUGUAAAGGUGUUCUUAAUGUCGUCCCAGACGAAAGAGCAAGCAGCCUUAACAAAUAAAUGAAGGCCAAAUUAAAUGUCCCGACUUUCCUAAUAUAUAUGUAUAGGUGUCGUUGGGUUCGCAACUUCGUUUGAACGCAAAAAAGGAUACGUGUUCUGUAAGAAGUCGAAUUUAACGAUUUCCGUGAAGACAAUGGUCGUUCUGUUAACAGCGUUACUGAGACAAACUCCGGUAAGUGAAUGGACAAAGGUAUUUCCUCUUCCGUCUUUGAAGUCGAAGGCCAGAAAUGGCGAUGCAUGAUGGCGUAAGGACGGGAGAACGUCUGACGGAAUUGCAUAUUUUUCAUGCACCAUCGCCACAACCACUCGCUUCAGCUGCUAUUUCUGUUGGUGCUCCAACGGCGAUCGGUCAUUUCGACUAACAGGCAAUAAUCAGGUGGCUUAAACAGGCCAGUGGGCUCUCCCCGCAUAAAUCAUCUAACCGAAUCAAAUGUACGAGGCUGAGGACCUUAAAGCUCGUCUAGCGACGACUGGACGUGGCGGCGGAGAGAGUGCUAGACGUAAGCGGACGGUCCGACCAUCUCCUUACGAAGCUCCUGGCUGCCAAGAAAGCUUGCAAGGAUUGGCUACAACUGCGGGCGGAAGGUCUACAUCGCUUAGCCAGAGGGUUACCACGCAAGCUGAUGAUACUGUGUCCUCAUCGAGUGACGCGUGCCUCAGCAUCCGCGACACAAGCAGAUGUCGACUACCCAUAAGGCCAGCUUCAACAGCAACCAUGGUUAGAAAUGCAAAGGUUCUGAGCGUACGGAAGCAGCCGUUGACGCUUGUCGAGUUGCUGACCGCUGGUGUGGAGAGACCGCCACACGGACCUCCCCGCAUUACAGCCCAACACCAAAACGGCCAGCGUGUACAUUUGUACCAGCAACGACCAGUAAUAUCUGACAUUUUCCCGCAACAAACCUCAAAUGUACAUCAACCGAGGCAGCACCAAAUUUACCAUCCGGUAGGACAAUUUUCUCAUCAGCAACAGCAUGAGUCAGCCCCCUCAGUAUUAACGAACCGGCUUGCAACCAGCGGGGAACGGUCGCAUGAGCGUGAUAUCCUUGACCAUAGUAGUACAGGGGAUCGAUCAUACCCCCAGCAGCAGCAGCAGCAUAGCCACAGUGCGAUAUCACCGUAUUGCGGAAAUAAGUCUGCCGUAGACGAAAGCGAAGCGGGCUCCCGUAGCUGCAUCCUGCAAUUGCUGCGUUGCCCUCCUGCGAGCAAUUCGGUGGGCGAAGACAUGAAACAACGGGCCUGGAGUCCCAGCGUCAGUUCCAAUCACAUGGCAUUUCUGGAAGCAGUUUCUGUAGAAGGCGUUAAACGUUGUCAAACAGGAGCGUCACCCACCUCAUCGACAAUAGCAUCUUCCGCGUCCUCGUCUUCGAUCGCCUCAACUGCCCUAACGUCAACGACAAGUAGUGAGCCACUCGUGGUCGAAGCUGACAGCAGCAAUCUUCCUCUGGACGCGGACUUGUUGAACGAAAUAGAAACGGGAAUGUCGAGUGAUGUCCUUCAUUUCACAACGCAGCCCGUGAUGAAUGUAGGAAUCGAAGAACAACAGUUUCAGCAGAACCUCACCCCCGCAUGCUCGGUCACCCAGUGACACGCGAGCACUU